AUGUCGAACAACAGUGUAAAAAUUCCCGCUUUACCAUGCAAGUUGUCUGGCCAAGGCCAUUACACUGUUUGGAGGGACCUCGCUUGUCGCAUGUUAAAAGUUUACGAUUUGUGGAAUCUAGUCAAUGGUACGAGUAAGCGUCCUGCGUUCACCACUACGGUUACAGCGGCACCAACUGCAGAACAACCAGCAGAAGAAGACGAAGAAGAAACCACAGACAACGCCGAAGAAAUCAGUGAAUGGGACAAGAAAGAUAACCUCGCGGGCGUCUUCCUUCAAUCCAAUAUCGAAUUUGAAGUCAUUCUCACACUCACUCCGGCCGAUACCGCUCACCACCUCUGGACCCAACUCGAGGACAGAUUUGAUCGAAAAACUGUAUCUUCUCUCCACUCGCUUCUUGCCAACGUUGUAACCCUACAGUAUACACCCGACAAAGGCAUCAAGGAACAUCUAACCCAGUUCAAUACUCUUUGGUCAUCUCUCCUCACUAGAACUAGUAACUCUACGGACAAAACCAAAGACCCACUCGGUUACCACCUCCACCAACUCGCAUCAGUCUCAGAAGCGAAGGCAUCCUUCCUACUCCUCUCACUCCGGCACGAAUCCCUCGAAUCAGUCGUUGACAACCUGCAAACCAAGCCCAACGUCACCUUCGAUGACGUCUAUGAAAAGCUGUUGGAUCUGGACUCACGACGCAACAACGAUGGACAAACGACUGGAGAAGCCUACAACAUCAGGCGAGGAAAUCCAGGACAUGGAAACAACAAAGUCGGUAAGGCACGGAACAACAAAAAGGAUAAAAAGGAUCUUACAUGUACAUGGUGCACCAAGAACGGUGAAUUUGCAAAAGGCCACAAGCACAAAGACUGCCGGAAACUCAAAGCUUUCAGAGACAAAGAGAAGUCCGCUGCAUCUGGCAACCUUAACGUCGCAUCCGGUACCGCAUUUCACACAAAACUAGACCUCUCUUGGAUCCCUGAUCUCUCUGGCCUCCCCGCACUCGAAGAAACUGAUGUAUUUACUAUGCCGGUUUCCUUCGACCUUACCACUUUCUUAGAUACCUCGGAUGUAACAAUGGAAGACUGCUUUGGCCUCGUUGCAGGACCUUCCACAUCUGAUAACAAGGCAUGGAUCUUUGACCCUGGUGCAACUAACUACAUGACCGGAACUCAAGUUACCAGCCCCUCACCUCAUAGCGGAACAGUUACUGUUGGCGGAGGGCGAAAGCUACAGAUAACCGGAAUUGGAAAUGUCACCAUCAACGGAUCACAUGGCCCCAUUACUCUGCAGAACGUAUUUUUAAUCCCAGAACUCGGCAAUACCAACCUAAUGUCCUGGUCAUGCAUUGCCAAAAAGGGAUUUACAACGACAGGGACAGAAAACGGCUUUACCAUUUACAAACCGAAUAGCAAGGAAAUCGUUGGGAUCGCUAACCCAAACAGUACUGGUCUUUAUAUUUUUGAAACCAAGGAACUUUGCGCACACAUCUCCAUCGCUACCAGCUUCUAUGACUGGCACCAACGACUCGGACAUCUCCCCGCUUCCUCACUCUCACGGUUACGUAACAUGAUCGCCGAUCCCAAGUCUCUCCCCACAACAGGUCACAUGGAAACAUGCAACACAUGUGAACUCGCCAAAUCCACCAAAUCACACCUUCCUCCUCUCACCGAACCGCGAUCCAAACAACCACUAGAACUAAUCCACUCAGAUCUGAGCGGCAAGUUUUCCAAUCCUUCUCUUGGCGGUUUUAGUUACUAUAUUACUUUCAUCGACGAUUACUCCAGGUACGCUCACCUCUACUUCCUUAAAAAGAAGUCAGAUGCAGCAGCUGCCACACAACGAUACAUCGCAUACAUGGAAAAUCAAUUGGAUAAAACGGUUAAACGGUUUCGAAGCGACAAUGGUGGCGAGUACAUCUCCAAUAACCUUCAACAAUUCUUUGCCUCUAAAGGCAUAAAGCAUGAAUUCACUGUACCCUACUCUCAUGAGUCAAACGGAACAGCAGAACGCUUUAACAGAACAAUAGCAACAAUGGCACGAUCCGCCUUGCUCGACCACGAUCUUCCACGGAAUCUAUGGGCAGAAGCAAUCAACACAAUAGUACACGUCAAGAAUCGUCUCCCGCAUAAAGCACUCCCGAAUAUGACACCAUAUGAAGCACUCACCGGCAAGAAACCCUGCAUUGGGCAUCUCCGAUCCUUCGGUGAAACAAUGUUCAUUCAUAUACCUGUCGAAGCACGACCAGCUGGAACAAAGUUGGAUGCUAGGGCAAUUACGGGACAAUUCUGCGGUUACGGAGACUCUGAUAAAAUCUGCCGUGUUUACAUACCAUCACAAAGGAAAGUAGUUCUCUCUCGUCAUUUUAGGUUUAAAGGUCCGUCCGUAGGGGAAGAAAUCGAAACAAUAAAAACCGACAUACCCCCUAAACCAAAACAAAUCGAGAUCAAACAAGAACCACCUUCACGUCCACCAACACCACCUGCGAAACUCUCAGAUUCCGAUAUCGAAGACAUGUUCAACCAACAAAUGCUCCGAGAAACUAUGGAACAAAUUUCCAACGACGAAUCUGAAGUAGAAGAAGAAGAAGCCGCUCCUGAACGUAUCCAGCACGAUGAUGUUGACACAGACACUGAUCAGCCGAGACGUAACCCACUACGGGAACGGAAACCUCCGGUCAGAUACGGAUACAACAUUCAGCAUGAUAUCACCAUGUCAGAACCAACAAACUAUCACCAAGCGAUCAACAGUCCUGACUCCGAAAAAUGGCAAAAGGCUAUGGAAGUUGAACUAGACUCACUUGCUAGGAAUAAUACAUGGAAACUGGUUGACACACCAGAUCACCGAAAAUUGGUCGACUGCAAAUGGGUAUACAAAAUUAAACUCGGGCCCGAUGGCAACCCUAUUCGGUACAAAGCCCGACUUGUCGCAAAAGGAUUCUCACAGGUACCUGGUCAAGACUUCGAUCAGACUUACGCCCCCGUCACUCGAUAUGAAUCCAUCAGACUGCUUCUUGCCCGCUGCCUUCAAACCGGCGGUCAAUGCGAUCAAAUGGAUGUUACUAGCGCUUUCCUAUACGGCGAACUCCAGGAAGAAAUCUAUAUGAAAUCUCCACCUGGCUACCCUACUCCCGGCAAAGCAUGCAGACUUAUCAAAUGUAUCUACGGCCUCAAACAGUCAUCACGGAAAUGGUAUGCUCGUCUCUCCAAAACGCUAAUCAGAAUGGGAUUCAGAAAAGCGGACUUCGACCCUUGUGUUUUUAUUCACAAAACAGGGGAAGUCGUCAUCGCCAUCUACGUGGAUGAUAUCCUUAUCUUCUACUGGUCCGUUGAACGCAAAAACCGCGUCAGCCUCCAACUCCACGCAGAAUUCGAAAUGACGGAAACUGGCACAGCCAACUGGGCACUCGGGAUCCACUUGAUCCACACUAAGACUGGCGUGAUCCUAUCACAGGAAGCCUAUCUCAAGCGUGUACUUAUCAAAUACGGUUUCGAUGAAUCUAGACCUGUGGCAACACCCAUCGACAACAAUGUUCACCUACAAAAAGGAACAGAAGCGGAGAAAAUCGAGGAUCCAACAAUCUAUCAGUCGAUAAUCGGUUCAUUAAUGUAUGCAGUAAUCGGUACCAGACCGGACCUCGCCUACACCGUCACCAUGCUCUCGCAAUUUUCUUCCUGCCCCACUAAAGCUCACCUGGCUGCAGUCCAUCGCGUCCUUCGUUACCUCAAGGGUACCCUCGAUUGGUCACUCUUCUACGCCAAAACGCCACCCACUGCACUCAUCGGCUUCAGUGAUGCAAGCUAUGCCUCUGACAUCGACGAUCGCCGCUCAUUUACCGGCCACUGCUUUAUGCUAGGGGAAGCUCUUAUCUCCUGGCGCUCUUAUAAGCAGCGCUCCGUCGCCACCUCUACUACUGAGGCAGAAUACAUGGCUCUCUCGGAUACUAGUCGACAAAUGAUCUGGUUAAAGAAUGCGAUACAUGAGUUGGAACGGAAACCGAAACUUUCUUUUAUUCUUCGCGGUGAUAAUAAUGGUUCUUUGUCCUUGGUUAAAAAUCCUGUCUUUCAUAAAAGGUCUAAACAUAUUGAUGUGCAUUUUCAUUUUGUUCGGGAACGAUACGAGGAUAAAUUGUUUGAGUUGGAAUAUAUUUCUACAAAUGAAAACGUGGCGGAUUUACUUACAAAGGGAUUGGAUAAGGGCAAGCAUGUUUUAUUUUCCUCUACUAUUCACUGUGGUUCACGAGGGGAAGUCUUGAAAUAG